CGGCCUUUCGGAGAAUCAUGAGAUCCAUCAUGGGAUCGUGUAGCACUACUUUUUAGCAGCGCUGUGUUUGGGAUUUUCGCUUAUUCAUUCUAGCACCAUGGCGGUGGAAAUCAUCGCACCCGACUGGGAGUUUGACCGUUUUGACGAUGGUUCACAAAAGAUACACACAGAGGUUCAACUGAAGAACUACAGUAGGUUUCUGGAAGAGUACACCUCUCAGCUGAAGGGUAUUGAAGAGGCUCUGGAUGACUCCAUUGGAGAUGUAUGGGACUUUACUCUGGACCCCAUCGCCCUUAAGCUUCUUCCCUAUGAGCAGUCAUCUUUAUUAGAAUUAAUUAAAACUGACAAUAAGGUCCUGAACAAAGUUAUUACAGUUUAUGCUGCUCUCUGUAGUGAAGUUAAGAAACUUAAAUAUGAGGCAGAAACCAAAUUCUACAAUGGCCUAUUGUACUAUGGAGAAGGAGUGUCUGAAACCAGUGUUGUUGAGGGGGAGUCCCAGAUUCAGAUGGGCAGAUUCAUCUCAUUCCUACAGGAGCUGUCCUGCUUUGUAUCCAGAUGUUAUGAAGUGGUGGUCAGUAUUGUGCAUCAGCUGGCAGCACUCUACAACAGCAACAAGGCUGCAACAAAAAUCAUAGAGUCCUCUGGUGUCCAUUUCCAGAUAGUAUAUGAACACCUGGGAGAGUUGUUGGUGGUGCUGCUCACACUUGAUGAGAUUAUGGAAAAUCACAACACACUAAAAGACCACUGGAAGAUGUAUAAAAGGUUACUGAAAUCUGUACACCAUAACCCUGGGAAAUUUUCCAUUCCUGAAGACAAGCUGAAACCUUUUGAGAAGCUCUUGCUCAAGCUGGAGGGGCAACUGCUGGAUGGCAUGAUACUCCAGGCCUGUGUCGAGCAAAGAUUUGAUGAUCCUGGGGAGGGAGUAGCAGUUUCCAAAAACAGUGCCUUUGCUGAGGAGUUUGCCUUCAAUAUUCGCACCAUAUUUGCAAGUGUUGAAUCCAAAAUUGGUGAACCUUCAGAAAUUGACCAGAGAGACAAAUAUGCUGGCGUCUGUGGUCUCUUUGUGCUUCACUUUCACAUUUUCAGGAGUGUUGACAAAAAGCUUUACAAGGCGCUGCUCGAUGUCUGUAAAAAGGUUCCAGCAGUCACUCUGGUUGCAAACAUCAUCUGGUUUCCCGACACUUUCCUCACCAAUAAGGUCCCUGCUGCAGCUAAACUGAUGGAUAGGAAGAGUCUACAGGCCAUCAAAGCACAGAGAGACACAUACCUGCAACAAAGAGCGCAGACAUUAACAAAGGAUGUUCAGUCCUACUAUCUGUUUGUAACUUCUUGGAUGAUGAAGAUGGAGUCAAUCUUGUACAAAGAACAAAAAAGUGAGAAGUUGCAAGAGGACCUUAACAGCAGGUGUAAUGUGUUUGUACAGGGUAUUCUGUAUGCUUACACUGUCAGUACCAUUAUCAAGACGACCAUGAACAUGUACGUGUCGAUGCAGCGGCCCAUGACCAAGACAUCGGUCAAAGCUCUCUGUCGACUAGUUGAGUUACUCAAGGCUGUGGAGCACACGUUUCACAGACGCUCUAUGGUUGUUGCUGACUCCGUUUCUCAUAUUACUCAGCAGCUGCAGGCACAGGCGCUCAGUGCCAUCAGCAUUGCCAAGAAAAGGGUGAUCUCUGACAAGAAGUACAGUGAGCAGCGGUUGGAUGUGCUGUCCUCUUUGGUGCUGGCAGAAAAUGCUUUGAGUGGUCCCAGCACAAAGGAGCGACGCCUUGUGGUGUCUCUGGCUCUGUGUGUCGGCACUCAGCUGAAAACUUUCAAGGAUGAGGAGCUUCUUCCGCUGCAGCUUGUACUGAAGAAGCUGGAUCUGAUUAGUGAGCUAAGUGAAAGGGUCAAGCUUCAGUGUGACUGCAGUUUUCUGUACUGGCACCGAGCUGUGUUUCCCAUCUAUCUAGAUGAUGUAUAUGACAACGCCGUAGACGCUGCACGAAUACAUUACAUGUUCAGUGCACUAAGGGACAGUGUGCUGUCUAUGAUGCACUCCAAACACAUGGAGUCAUGUGACCAGCUGCUGGAGAGCUACGACAAAGAGAUCAUGGAUGUGUUCAAGGAGCACCUGCUUGACAAGCUGUGUAAGGAGAUUGAGAAGGACCUGCGUCUCUCUGUUCACACGCACCUGAAGCUUGAUGACAGGAACCCUUUUAAAGUUGGCAUGAAGGAUCUGGCCCACUUCUUCUCCCUCAAGCCCAUUCGCUUCUUCAAUCGUUUCAUUCAUAUCAAAGCCUAUGUGACCCACUACCUGGAUAAAACGUUCUACAACCUGACGACUGUCGCUCUGCAUGACUGGGCCACCUACAGUGAGAUGAGAAACCUUGCUACACAGCGCUACGGACUCACAAUGACAGAGGCUCAUCUGCCCAGCCAGACACUAGAGCAGGGUUUGGAUGUUUUGGAGAUCAUGAGGAACAUUCAUGUUUUUGUCUCACGAUACCUUUAUAACCUCAACAACCAGAUCUUCAUUGAGAAGGCAAGCAACAACAAGCACUUGAACACCAUCAACAUCCGUCACAUCGCCAACUCCAUCCGAACACACGGUACAGGAAUCAUGAACACCACUGUGAAUUUCACCUACCAGUUUCUGCAAAAGAAGUUUUACAUCUUCAGUCAGUUUAUGUACGACGAACACAUCAAGUCCAGACUCAUCAAAGACAUACGUUUCUUCAGAGAAACAAAGGACCAGUCUGAUCAGAAGUAUCCGUUUGAGCGAGCAGAGAAGUUUAACCGUGGCAUCAGGAAACUGGGCAUCACUCCUGAUGGACAGAGCUACCUGGACCAGUUCAGACAGCUGAUCAGCCAGAUCGGUAAUGCUAUGGGCUAUGUACGUAUGAUCCGUUCUGGAGGCCUUCAUUGUUGCAGCAGCGCAAUCAGAUUUGUCCCAGAUCUGGAGGAUAUAGUCAACUUUGAGGAGCUGGUGAAAGAAGAGGGACUGUCAGAGGAGACCCAAAAAGCUGCUAGCAUCCUGGACUCUGUUUUGGGAGAUCUGACCAGCAACUCUGCCGAGGGGACGGAGUACUUCAAGAUGCUGGUGGCCGUGUUUGCGCCUGAGUUUCGCAGUGCAAAGAACAUGCACCUGAGGAACUUCUACAUGAUUGUACCACCGCUGACGGUGAAUUUUGUGGAGCACUCCAUCAGCUGCAAAGAGAAACUCAACAAGAAAAACAAAUCUGGAGCUGCUUUUACAGACGACGGCUUUGCAAUGGGUGUGGCGUAUAUUCUGAAGCUACUGGACCAGUACCUAGAGUUUGACUCUUUGCACUGGUUCCAGUCUGUCAGAGACAAGUACAAGAAAGAGAUGAAUGCAGUGGUGAAAGAGCAGAGCGUUCAGUCUGCCAAUCAGGACGAAAAGUUGCUGCAAACCAUGAAUCUCACCCAGAAGAGGCUGGACGUGUACCUCCAGGAGUUUGAGCUUCUCUACUUCUCUUUAAGCAGCGCCCGGAUCUUCUUCAGAGCUGAUAAGACAGCAGCUGAGGAAACUCAGGAGAAGAAAGAUAAAGAAAAUGCUACCAAAGCAGGAAGCUCUGCAGAUAGUUCCACCCCCACUGAGCCUGCCUCGAAGUGAGCCUCGCUGUCAGAUCACUGUCACAUACUGGACUGGAGCGCUGAAGAGUAGAGCUCAGCAGCAGGCUGCAUUCGCGUGUGCAGUUCAGGGAUUUAAAAUAACUGGAAAAUGUAGAAAACGGUUGAAAGACAAUGACUUUAAAACGCUUUGUGUUCUGUCACCGCACAGUUGUCUUUAUUAGACAAAGAAUGUGUACUUAAAGUGCUAAUCAGUGUAUCACCCCUGCAUCUAAUAACUCACUUUGUAUUAGUAGGAUUUACAAAUGCAGCAGCGUUUUAGAAAGAUGAGCCAGCUUAACAAAUCUAAAGUAAAAGUGUAUCUUUUGAUAUUUUUACUCAGUCUGGAUGAACGUAUUUUUACUACUGUACCGUCUGUCAUGAACUAGUUUGGAUCUUUGUUUCAACUAACUGGUGUGCUGCCUCUUUGUUGGUGUCCACUGUACUUAUUGUGGUUCUUUAUGGCCUUCAAUAGAAACUUUGAAAUGAAGACUUGUGAAUGUUUUCAGUGUAUAAUUUCACAUUUGUGUGCCAUAACUGUGUACCCGUUCUUGGUCCACUUUAUACAUUGUAUGAAUUAGGGCGUGUAUGUGCCUUUCUAAACUGUGGAUACUUGUUUUGAUAACAUAAUUUGGAAAUAAUUCAUCUGAUGCAAAAGAUACAUCGCUAAAAUAAAAUUAUUUUUUACUGCUGCUCUGAAGGUGUAUAAUUACAUUUUUGUUUUCCAGUUUUGUAUCUUAAGCAUGUGGUACAUGUGUAAUUACAUUCCAUGAAUUAACUUCAGGAAUAAAAAAUAAACCUUGCAUUUUCAGCAGAAUUUAAUGGCUCAUUUCAGAGUCUGUAUUAAAAGGUGUGAAAAGUA